UGCAUUUCCACAGUCGCUGGCCAAACGCUUAGCGAAAAGCAGCUCUCCGAACAUUUAAAAUUAAAAACCCACUCCUCGCAAGUAAUUUUUUUUGUGGCGCCAACUGGUAACGAUUUGAAAAACUCACAAUCAAAGCCGAAUAAACAGAAAACGAACUUUUCCACAUUAAAUAAGGCAAAUAAUGGCUGGUCCAUUUAUAUCGCCCCUGCCCGGAGAUCUGCUCACGGAGUAUAUGUUCGGCCGGAGAAGACAGCGCCGGAACCGGACGACCUUCACGCCCCAGCAGCUGCAGGAGCUGGAGGCCCUGUUCCAGAAGACCCACUAUCCCGACGUAUUCCUGCGCGAGGAGGUGGCCCUGAGGAUCAGCCUCAGCGAGGCGCGCGUCCAGGUGUGGUUCCAGAAUCGACGGGCCAAAUGGCGCAAGCAGGCGCGACUGCAGUUGCUGCAGGACGCCUGGCGGAUGCGCUGCCUCAGCCUGGGCACGCCCCCCGUCAUGGGCGGCGGUGCGGGCCAGGUGGGCGGGUCCGGUCCUGGAGCUCCGACUCGACCGCCCAGCCAAACGCCCGAGAACCUCUCCGCCGGCGGAAAGGAUUCCGACAUGGGGGAUGGGGUGAAUAAUGGGCCCAGUUCCGGGAGCUUCACCAUGAUGCAUCCGGCUUUCCAGCAGCAGCAGCAGCAGCAGCAACAACAACAGCAGCAGCAGCAGCAGGCACACCAGCAGGCCCAGGACCAGGACAAGCUAUCGAAGACCUAUACGGAACUAAAGCUCUACAAGGCGCCCACACACGGCAUGGAACUGGGCGGAAUGGCCGCCCUUUCCGGACACUCCGAUGAGGGAUCGGAUGGAUCCGAUUCCGAGGAGAUCGAUCUCACUUCCGGCGCCUGUAUCGAUUUCUCCCAGAGCAGCAAGCUCCAGCAGCAACAACAACAGGGCACUCAGGGAUCAGCGGGAUCGGCGGAAUCGAACGGCGUCCUUUAGACAUAUAAGGGGUACAGAAACGGAUACAAAUGCGGAUAAAGAUACUGAUGCUCGUACAGUGCUCAUUCGCCGCAUUAAACGUUUUCCUUAAGAACAAUACAUUGCAAUAUUUUCGCAUGAACUUUUUCAAUUUUAAUUUUUUAAAUCAUGGUUCAUUAGUACUUUAUUUGUUGGCAAUUUGCACAUAAUUUAUCGCACAAUUACAUCUUAAAUUUUAAUAUUAUUAUAAAACUUUAGACAUUUGUAUUAAAAGUUUAAAAAUUUUUUUAAAUUGAAAUGUAGCAAUUGUUAAUAUAUUGGGGAAUAAUUCUUAAAAACAUGGAAUCGAAUAUCAAAGCUCGCAUUUCGAGAGAGUACUGUACACAUAAAUAUGGCGAUGUAUAUAACGGACAUUUAAUGUGCAUUUUAUUUAAUCAUUUACAUCUGUAUAAGG